AUGUGGAACUGCAGGGUCUGCAGCAACACCCCCUUUGCUGCUCUCUUCGGUUUCGGCGGCGCUGACGACGACAAAAAAAAAAAGAAAAAAAGAACAAGUUCGCAGGCCCAGGAGAGUUCUUCGCACUCCAACUCGGAAGGGGAUAGCGCGUUCACGGACCGGUACGCGUCGCAGGAAACCUUCGAGCCGCGCAGCCCCGAAGAGGUCGAGGCCGUCUGCAGGGCCUGGGAGCACUACGUGCACCCGCGGGCGCGGGAGUUUUGGCAAACGGCGGAGGCCCGCAUUGAAAUUCUCCAGAAGAUCGCGCGGGGCGUGCACCGGGGCUACGAUCCGGUGCUGGGCGACGACAAGCAGUGCGUGGUCUGGUACGGCGACUUGUCCGAAGAAGACAACUUGCCAGUUAUUCGAAUGGUCAAGCCGGGAGAAAGCCAGGAAAGCCAGACUUACGUCAACAGGACUCUUGUCUUCCUCUACGCAGACGAGGAGAGCUUCAACGAGCUGCAGGAGAAGCCGAAGAAAGCCUUCACGAUGGCCUGUGCAAAUCCUUUGUGUGUGAACUUGACUCACAUAGCUCUAGACGAUUAG